UAUAAAGCAUGAUAAUGUGUUCAGUUGUUCACAAACGUGAUAAAUGGACAGGGUUGACAUUUUCUGAAAAUGUGUUCAUAAACGUGAUAAAUGGUCAACGUUGACCUUUCUUAGAAGCUGAUAACAUUUUCAACAUUUUCAACCCAAUAUACACUUUUGCUAGGUGUACACAAAAUGCGUACAAAAAAAGUGUACAUUUGUCUGUCUCCCGCAGACAACUGUGGACAGACAACUUAUCUGCGGGGACAGACAAGUGUACACAUUUUGUGUACACCUAGCAAAACUGUAUAUAUAUGUGUGGAUAACCCAGCAGUCCCAAACAUCACCCUUCAAUCCAAAAUUCUCCAAAAUACACAAAUUGGGAUUUUUAGAGUUAUGUCUGGCCCAAAAUUCCAAAACAUUUUGGCAGCAAUUUAUAUGAUAAUGAUUUCAUUUGGUUCCAGUAAUAGUUAUGCCAGGAAAUUACAACCUCAUCCUUCUUCUUCUUGUUCCCCAGUGAAAGGGGUUUAUUGGCCUUCCUGGGCUGAAACAACUUUCCCGCCAUCCGCCAUAGACACGACCUUAUUCACGCACGUCUUUUAUGCAUUCCUUGUUCCCAACAGUGUCACGUUUCAAUUCGACGUCGACAAUUCAACGGCCGAUCAGCUCCGCCGUUUCACCUCCGCCCUCAGGUCAAAGAACCCGCCGGCGAAGACUCUGUUCUCCGUCGGCGGCGGCGGCGCGGACGCGAACAUUUUCGCGCGCAUGGCUUCAAGUGCUUCCACCAGGAAGAUCUUCAUCGACUCCAGCAUAAGCGUGGCUCGAACCUUCGGAUUCGAUGGGAUUGAUUUGGACUGGGAAAUGCCUCAAAGCCCUAAGGAAAUGGACGAUUUAGGGCUGUUAUUGGCCGAUUGGCGGUCCGCAGUCCGAAAGGAGGCGAUUCCGGCAAAAUCGGAACUAUUACUCACGGCGGCGACGUAUUUCUCGGCGGAUUUCUUCCUGGCUAAUACGGCGUCGUACAGAGCAUACCCUGUCGCUGCGAUUAACGCGAAUCUGGACUGGAUCAACGCAAUGUGCUACGAUUACCACGGAUCGUGGGAUACGACGGCUACCGGAGCACACGCCGCCCUGUUCGACCCGAAAAGCAACAUCAGCACCAGCUAUGGUCUAGGGCAGUGGAUCAGGGCGGGGCUAUUGAGAAGUAAGCUCGUAAUGGGACUUCCCCUGUACGGAAGGACAUGGAAGUUGAAGGACCCUAGCUCGUACGGCAUCGGGGCUCCGGCUGUGGACGUCGGCCCGGGGAGCGGAACUCUGACAUUUAACGAGAUCCAGCGAUUUAAUACUGAGAACAACGCGACGGUGGUUUACGACGCCGUAACGGUAUCGGCGUACUCCGCCGCCGGAACGUCAUGGAUCGGGUACGACAACCCGACGUCAAUUUCCGUGAAGGUGAAAUAUGCAAAACAGCUCAAGCUCUGCGGCUACUUCUUUUGGGCCGCCGUGGGUGACGACAAGUGGGUGAUUUCUAAACAAGCCAAGCAAUCGUGGGACGUAGACUAUUUACAUUGAGGCUAAUACGAUGGAUAUCCUUUGGCUCAGUGAGGACCACAUACAGUUGCAAUUGUACUUGUAAUCAUUUGCAAUAAAUUGACACUAUUUAUACUUGUAGAAUGUAAUCCGUAGCAAUCAUUUGCAAUAAAUUGAAAAAUGUCAUACUCGUAUUAUACUCGUAGAAUAUUCAAUGAGUGAAUAAAAAGCCAAAUUAUACUUGUAGAAGUUAAAGCUACAUAAAUAGGGUCAAACAUUGUUUAUUGAUAUUGUUCGUUGUAUUUUCAUUUUAUUGAAAUCAAAUAUUGUUAUAUAGGCAG